AUGAUGAUGAUGGACAUGGGCAUGUACGGAACUUACGGCAAGCCUGACUCGUAUCCCAACUACGUUUGCACGGGUCAAGGGAAUCAUCAUCACCAUCAUCAUCAUCACCACCACCACCAAACCGCGGCCGGGGGCCACGUGCCCGUCCCGGCCUCGCCCGAGCUGGCCCCGACCCACUACUUCCCCCAGUCGGCGGUCUCCCCUUACUCCUCCUCCUCCUCGGAGAGCUUCCUCGCCGCGGAAUCGGCCGCUUCCUCCGGCACCCCGCCCCAGCAAACCUUCUACUCCCCGUCGGCCGUGCUGCACGAGGACGGAUCCGCGAUCAUCUCCUCCGAGAACGGGCUGAGUUACACGAAUUUGGACUACACCGCCUCCUCCUCCUCCACCUCCCCCCCGACCCCCUCGUACGGAAAUGGAUCGGCGGAUCCUCACCACCAGGGCUACCACCACCACCACCACCACCACCACCACGUCCAGCAAACGGGGUACACCAGGGAUCACCACCACCACCACCAUCACCACCACGACCCCCAGCAAUCGGCGGGGAACGUGCACCCGCAGGGCGCCUCGAUGAUGACCCACGCGACGAGGAGCACGGCCGAGCACGAGAGCCAGCACCACCACCACCAGUUGCACCACCACCAUCACCACCACCAGUCAUCGUCAUCCUCUAGUCAUCACCAUCACCAUCACAACGAGGCCGAGUAUCAACAGCUUCCGGUGGCCGGAGGCGCCACGUCCAAUUACAUCCACCAGAUACAAACGGCGCCCGAGGAUUCGUUGCACUAUCACUCGCAGAUACGUCAGAACGAUUAUAACGUGGGGGGGCACUACAAGGAGGAGAGUCAGUCGGAUCCGUCGUGCUAUCAAAUCUCGCUGCAGCAAACGUCGGCGGGCCAGCAUCCCCAGCACCUUCAGCAUCAUCAUCAGCAGCAGCAGCAGCAGCACCAUCCUCAAUCGCAGCAGCAGCAGCAGCAGCCGCACGUACCUACGUACAAGUGGAUGCAAGUGAAGAGAAACGUGCCCAAGCCAGUCGCAGCAAAGACAAAUCCAAAUGUUGGAGAAUAUGGCGGCAGCACUGGUGGGAACGCGUCUCCGUACGCCACCACGGCGAACGGUCCAGUGAACUGUCUUACCGGUGGACCUAUGGCCGGUAUUGCAGGUAGCUUCAACAAUACCGGCCGAACCAACUUCACAAACAAGCAACUUACAGAACUCGAAAAAGAAUUCCAUUUCAACAAGUACCUGACUAGAGCGAGACGUAUUGAAAUCGCGUCAGCGUUGCAACUAAACGAAACACAAGUGAAAAUUUGGUUCCAAAACAGAAGAAUGAAACAGAAAAAGAGAAUGAAGGAAGGCUUAAUACCAGCUGAGAGUACGACUAUAAGCUCACUCAGUGGCGCUAGAAGUUCAAGUAAUUCACCAACUAGUUCUUCGAGUCAUGAAACCAGUGGACUCGGUUUAUCUAGUUUUACAAGCGAUAACAGUCGGGAAUCACCACCUUCUUCCUCAAAAGAUUGACGCGUUCCUUGCUGCAGCAACGAACGUCUAUAUGGCCUACGACUUAACGAUGAUUGGUGAAAACUAAAAGAAUAAAAAAAUGUUAUUUUAAAUCGCGUGACUUGAAUUUACAUUGAAUUUUCUUGCUGCAGCAGCAAUAGUAAUUAUAGUAUUUCCAAUUUUACUAGAACGAAAUCAUUAUAAUAAUAUAUAAUAGUCUUUUGGCGAUCUUGAAAAUUAUCAAAAUUAAUCGAACAUAGAUUAGAAAUUGAACGAUGUAUGUACUACUUAUGUGAAUUAUUUAUUUUUGAUUGAGUUAUAUACUGUAAAAACAGUGUGAACAGAAUUCCCGAAAGGUUACCAUAUACCUCAGUUUGUGUAAAUGGUAUAACAAUAUUUAUAUAUAAUUAUAAAUACCAAUGAUAUUGAUCAUGGCAUAUUAAAAAAAAAAAAAAAAAAAAAAAAAAAA